CGUUCGGCUAGCUCUCGCUGGUAUUGAGUCCUCCGACGUCUUCCGAGAGCCUCCAUACUUCGAGUUCGGUGUCGGUUGUGAACUCGCAGUGAUACCAUGGCGGCCAACAACGCGCUCAGCAAGCAGCCCCCUAUCCAGUCCACGGCCGGGGCCGUACCUGUCCGAAAUGAGAAAGGUGAAAUAUCGAUGGAAAAGGUGAAGGUGAAGCGAUAUGUCUCUGGUAAAAGACCUGACUAUGCCCCAAUGGAGUCCUCUGAUGAAGAAGAGGAGGAAUUCCAGUUCAUCAAGAAGGGAAAGGAGCAGGAAAUUGAGGUUGAGGAACAACCAGAAGAAAGUACCAGUGAUCCCCGCUUGCGCCGUUUACAGAAUCGAAUGAAUGAAGGUGUGGAGGAAAGGUUGGCCAGACAUCGUAAGAUUGUGGAGCCUGAGGUGAUUGGAGAAAGUGAGUCUGAGUCUGAACCAGGAGAAGAGUGGCAUGUAGAACGUGUGGAGGACACAAGUGAGGAGGAGGAAGAAGAGAUAGAUGAUGAGGAAAUUGAACGUCGACGUAUUCUCAUGCGUCAAAGAGCUGAGGAGAGGAAGAAUGAGGAAAUGGAAGUAUUAGAAGUAGAAGAUGAGGGGAAAUCUGGGGAAGAAUCAGAAUCUGAAUCAGAAUAUGAAGAAUACACAGACAGUGAGGAUGAAAUGGAACCAAGGCUCAAACCUGUGUUUAUUCGCAAAAAGGACAGAGUAACUGUUCAGGAAAGGGAGGUCGAAGCAAUUAAACAAAAGGAGGCAGAAGUAGAAGCAAAACGUAUGGCAGAGGAACGACGCAAAUACACAUUAAAGAUUGUAGAAGAAGAGACAAAGAAAGAGAUUGAAGAGAACAAGCGAUCCCUGGCAGCACUCGAUGCUCUAAACACAGAUGAUGAAAAUGAUGAGGAGGAAUAUGAAGCUUGGAAAGUACGAGAGCUGAAACGCAUAAAACGUGAUCGUGAAGAAAGAGAAGCUAUGGAGAAAGAGAAGGCUGAAAUUGAACGCAUGCGCAAUAUGACAGAGGAAGAGCGCAGAGCAGAGCUGCGAGCAAAUGGCAAGAUAAUUACCAACAAGGCAUUGAAAGGAAAAUACAAGUUCCUGCAAAAAUACUACCACAGAGGGGCUUUCUUCAUGGAUGAAGAUGAGGAUGUAUAUAAAAGAGACUUCAGCGCACCAACCCUGGAAGACCACUUCAAUAAAACCAUCCUUCCAAAAGUCAUGCAGGUUAAAAACUUUGGUCGUUCUGGCCGAACAAAAUAUACUCAUCUGGUUGACCAAGAUACAACUUCCUUUGAUUCUGCCUGGGGCCAGGAGAGUGCACAGAAUACAAAAUUUUUCAAGCAGAAGGCAGCUGGCGUUCGGGAUGUGUUUGAGAGGCCAACAGUAAAGAAAAGGAAAACUACAUAAGGACUAAAGCUAUGCACUUUAUUUGGUACCCUAUUCGCACCCAUUGAAGGAUUAUGAGUGGUGAAAUAGAUUUUUUUUUUUUUUUUAUAAACACCAUGGACCAAUUCUUGUAUUGGAAUAGUGUAAAUAUUUUGCAACUACCGAGAUAUCUGUCCUUUCAAUUUGGAUCUGUCAGACAAUGGUUCUGACCUUCUCCAUUGUAUCUUAAUUUUGGGGAUUUUUGGUUUUACUUUUCAUACCCAUUCAACAUUUCCGAUAACAAGUGAUGUGGACAGGACUGUAAAUAAAACUGUAGUUAUAUUUCUUUGUGUGAAAAUAAACAAACAUAUUCUUGGAGAGUCUUUCUGUAUAGUUGCUUUA